AUGAACUUCCUACGACUACUGACUCCAUUGGGUCUAUUUCUAUUGUUAAUGUAUGGAAUACUGAGUAGGAUGGUAUCUGAAGAAGAAUAUGCCCUUCAGAUCUCGGAGAAUUCCUAUAAUCUCGAAAGUUACGAGGAUGAUGUUAAUAAUAAUAUAUAUCCCACUGAAAUAUUGCAAGACAAUGAGUUAGAACCUAAACAUUAUAUACCUCCAGAUUUUUAUAUAUCUGAUUAUGAUUAUGCGAAACUUGUUUAUUUUAGCAAGUGCUGUGGUCUGUCUAAUUGUAUUGGAGAGCACGGUUUAAGGGAAGGUUUAAGUUUAAAUGAAGGGGCUUGCCCUUCCUAUAUUAACUUUUGCUACGAUGAAAAUGUCAACCCUACUGUAAGUAGGACAAGAAUAGAAUUAAUAAUGGAAGCAGAUAAAGGAGAGCUGGGGACUGGCUAUGUUAUGGUCGAUCAUGGAAGGAAGGUGAUCGUAAUAGCUUUUAGAGGUUCAUCGACAAGACAAGAUUGGUAUAGUGAUUUUGAAAUAUAUCCGACCAGAUAUGUUCCUGGUUCUAUGUCAGAAUAUAUUGAUUUAAUUAGAAGCGGCAAAAUUAGACCUUGUAAAGGUUGCAAGAUGCAUCGAGGAUUUUAUAGAUUUAAGCAAUCUUUAGGAAAACAUUUCUUAAGGAAAGUUGAAAAAAUAUUUGCAAUCUACUCUGAUUAUAAUCUCGUUGUAACUGGUCACUCAUUAGGUGCUGCAAUAGCAAGUAUGUUAGGAAUUGAAUUAAAAUUAAAAGGUUAUAAUCCUCUAGUGUUAACAUACGCUACUCCAAAAAUGUUUAAUAAAGAAAUGAAAGAAUGGGUGAAUGAGUUAUUUAAUAUUAAAAAGAUACAUGAUAAAAACUUAAAAAGAAAUAGAUUAGACUUAAAAGGGGGGUAUUAUAGAGUAAUUCAUACAGGGGAUUAUAUACCAAUGCUGCCACCAAAAUUUGAGGAGGCAGGAUUAGAAAUCUUCAUUAAAAAACUUGAACUGCCUCACUUGGUUGGGGAUUUAGAAUAUAGAGGUAUCGAAAAGACAAUAAUAGACGGAAGAUUGCCUGGAUAUGCUGCAACAAAUGCGAAUAAAUGGUUGCAUACAGAUGAGCAUCGGUCAUAUUUUAUAUCCAUCCAAGGUUGCAAAAAUUUCUAA